AUUCCAUUUCCGAUAGAGACGCACAGACUCGUAUAGAGAGGGGAGGAGGAAAAGAAAAAUUUCCUAGGGUUUCGAUUUUUUCUUUUUUAAUUUUUUCGAACGCUCCUCCCUCCUUCUCUUCCUUUCUAUCUACAAAUCCAAACCCUAGGCGUCUCGAUCUGACAAAGAAAGGCUUCGGCUUCUUCUCGCUAGCAAUUCUCUCCCUUCUCCUCCCAUUCCUCGUCCUCUUCCUCCCCCUCCUCUCUUCUUCCUCCUCCAAACUCCCCACGACAACGGCGGAGGAGGAGAUAGAGGAAGAGGAAGAGGAAGAAGAAGCGGUAGCCCCGGCGGCAGAGGCAGAGGCGGAGAGGGGGAGAGGCGUGGUUGAAUCCAAGAAGAAGGGGAGGAGAACCGAUGCUGGCGGCGGGGGAUCCAUGGAUCCCGAGGAACCCCCGCCGGCGGCGGCCCAACCGCCACAGUGCGACUGCUCAUGCCUCUGCUGCGGCCCCACCGCCGCCUGGCGCCGCUCCCUGAAGCGCAAGCUCGACCAGGUGGAGGCCGGGGUGGCCGUGGCCACCAUGAACGCCCGCCGCGACCGCCCCAUCGCUGGAGAGGGAGAAGGAGACGAGGAGGUGGCCCGGGUGGAGAUCGAGAACGAGGCGGCGGCGCUUCGGGAGGCGCUGGGGAGCCACCAGCAGUCCAUCCAGGAGCUGUACACGGAGCUGGAGGAAGAGCGGAACGCGGCGGCGACGGCAGCGAGCGAGGCGAUGUCGAUGAUCCUCCGGCUUCAGCGGGAGAAGGCGGAGGCCCAGAUGGAGGCUCGCCAGUUCAAGCGCUUCGCUGAGGAGAAGAUGGCUCACGAACAGCAGGAGUUUGCCGCCCUCGAAGACCUCCUCUUCAAGCGCGACCAGGCCGUCCAAUCCCUCUCCUGCGAGGUCCAGGCCUACAAGCACUGCCUCCUCAGCUACGGGAUCAUCGCCUCCUCCGCCGCCCCCACCCCAACCGAGCCUCUCACACCCGACGCCGCCACCGCUACUGCCUCUGCCGAUGUCCUCUAUUCCCAAUUCGACCUCCCUCCGCCUCCUCCACUGCCGUCGUCCUUAUACGACUACCCUCCCCUCCGCUGCACCGUGCCCUCCGAGGCUGACAAUUAUGGUGCUGCAACCGAUCUCGAAAAGUACCCCUUUGGCGAGACCCCUCGCGAGCACCUCCAGAAGCUCGAGCAGCGCAUCUGCCAGUUGGAGAGAAUGCCGAGCAGCAGCCAUUUUGUCAUGGACAAGGGGGUCAUUGGCCAGUCCCCGAGAGGACGAGGAGGUUACCGCCCAAAGCAUCUCAGGAAGUUCUCCUCCUUUGACAGCUUCGGCCCUGGGUCGCCCACAUUCAACAGAGGAGAAGAAUUUCCUGUUAUGGUGGACCGUGCAUGGGAUUGCAGUGGGAGGGAUGAUAUGAGCGACAGGGUGUACACGGUCGAUGCAGUGAACGGGGUGAUGGUUGGGGCAUGCGAGUCAUAUAUGAGCACACCGAGGGAGUUUUGGAGCCAGCGGGAUCCAGGCAGUGUUGAAGAAGGGGAGAUACGGAAGCUGUACAUGAGGCUCCAGGCUCUCGAGGCUGACAGGGAAUCGAUGAGGCAGGCAAUUAUAUCGAUGGGCACAGAUAAGGCGCAGACAGUGCUGCUGAAGGAAAUAGCUCAGCAGCUGUGUAAGGAUGCAGUGCCGGAGAGGAGGAUCAUAAAGAAGCAAUCUUUUCUUAAGAGAUUUUCAAUCAUGUCCGCUAUUAAGCGGGUCAUGUCAUUUCUUUUCUGGAGAAAGAAAUCUUCCCGGAUCAAGUACACAUUCGGGUUAUCGGCCAGCAAUGCUGGCUUAUUGCUGCUUUUAGACAAGACUUCCCGUAUGCGGCACAGGAGAUUUCUCACAAGAACACAGUGGUGAACUGGUGAUAGUGAUUGAAUUCGACUGUCUCCUACAUGCUACAUGUGCAGUUCCUCUGAAACAUAAGUGCAUUGGUAUAAAACUGAAUAGAAUGUUGGUCAUGUCUGGAUAUUAUUUGGAAAUCAAUUCUUUCAUGGAUGUCACCAGAUUGUAGAUGAAAAGUCUCUUUGUUGUAUUUCUUGCUUUUUUUUUUUUUCAUCUACCCUCUACAUGUUUGAUGAGCAAACAAGGAGCACGUAUAUAGGAAGCAUGCCCUACAAUCUGUUGUAACUCAGCUUACGAUGGACAUCCUUGAUAUCCUGUAUGCAUACUGAGGUCUCUCCAUAUAGCCACGGCCUCAGCGUGUGAUCUAUGUGCUUUUUGUUUAUUUUUUUGUUUUUAUUUUUUGUUCUUACUGCCUUCUUUGUUGAAAUACAGAAUAUUGAGAGGGAACUAAACCAUGGUACGUGG